CUUCAUCAAUUCUUCUCCUGAAGCUAUACGUACGUACUGAGGUUUCUCCGAUCCUUUGGAUCCUUUCAAGCUUGAGAAAGCCAACUGAGAUUAGAGACUGGAAAUGAAGAACUUUGGGGAAAUACUGUUAAUACUUGUCACUUCUCUUGCUCUUCUAAAUGCCUUGAGCACAACAAGGUCUCUUGCAACUUCUGAUACCAGUGGUAAUGAUGAUUUAGUGAAUCCAACUUUUGUUAACGAUACUAGUGCUGUUUGCUUAGCUGGAAAUCCAGCAGCAUAUUACUACUCCAAAGGGUUUGGAGAGGGAAUUAGCAAUUGGAUGGUUUAUCUUCGUGGAGGAGGAUGGUGCAUGAACGUUAGUGAUUGCGAUGUUUAUAUUGGAAGAAAAGGUGUUGGAGCUAAUGCUACAGCAACAACGUUUGUAAAUCUGUUAAGCAGAAACAAGGAAAAAAAUCCUGACUUCUACAAUUGGAAUAGAAUUGAUGUUAGGUACUGUGAUGCAUCGUCAUUUACUGGCGACUCUGAGAUGAUGAUUGGAAAUGGAACUAAACUUUACUUUAGAGGAGCCAGAAUUUUUAGUGCUAUAAUGAAAGAGUUAUUAAACAACGGGAUGGGGAAUGCAGAAAAUGGAUCUAAAAACGCCUUGCCUACCUCUUGUACUUCAAGAUUAAGUCCAGAAAUGUGUUUCUUCCCAGAAAAUUUGCAAGCUGACAUUCAAACGCCCAUCUUUUUCUUGAUGUCCGGGUUUGAUAGAAUUCAGAUUCAGUAUACAAUGAUGUCAGAGGAAUUUGAUACAUGUGCUUUAGGGAGGAACUGUACUUCGAAUCAAAUUAAAAUCAUGCAAGAGCUUAGGUGUGAGCUCUUGUCAGUAUUGCCUAAACAAUGCCACAAUUCUAAGAAAGGGAUCUUGAUUACCUCCCCAUAUGGGCACACUCAAGUUCUAGGCCCUUCUUGGUAUUUUAGUGCAGCUGGAACGGGAGAGACGAUCGAAAAGUUUUUCGCGGAGUGGUACUUUGACAACAAGGGCGAUGUUAAAGUGAUUGAUGAAAACCCAUGCCCGUAUUAUAAUUGUUUAUCUAAUUAGGGCCUUUGAGAAAGAAAAAACAAACUGUUGAGUUUUUAAAUAUUUGUUGCAGAGUAUGUACUUGAAGACUUUAAUGGUUGUUUAUCCUAAUCAGAAUUUGCUUGUUUA